CACUUAGGAUAGAUAUAUGCUCUUUAUUUCACCCCAGUGCUAAAACACACAGGUGACUGGGGUUAGCCUUGCCCUUCUCCACUUAGUAGCUCAGUCCUUAUUUCAUGUUCCAUUCUCCAUUUUUCCCUUCAGUUAUCAUAUGCUGUGCCUGGAAUAUGUCUAAGCAUGAGAAGCAUUUUAACUUUUUCUCAUUCAUCUACCUUGUACUAAAUCCCCCAUGAGACACUGUAGCUUGCUAAUUUAAUUUUUAUACUGAAAAGAGAAAUAAAAGAGAAUCACAGACAUCUAAUCUGUUCUGAUUUUAGAUCUCCCAGCUUCUGUCAUGAGCUAGAGUGGGAACAUGGCAGGGACUGGUAGGAAAUGCCAAAGAACAGAGUUUUUAGGUACUGAGGUCGAGUGUGUGACAAGGGCACAAGGUUUGAGAAACCAGUACAAACAGACAAAUAUUUGCAGAGAUUACAUCUCUUACUGAUAACAGGGGAAAGCCAGUAUUUAUUCUCUUCAUGGGACAGACGCGUAGGCAGAACAGGAUCGAGGAGCUACCAAAUCUAUCAAGGAAGUCUCACUUCUUAAUCACUGGAGAGUGUGUGCACCCUGUUCCGGACAUGCGUGGUCUCAGACUCAUCAUGGUACCAGUUGAGCUACUUCUUUGCUGCUUCCUGCUGCACGCUGUGGAUGCCUUUUCAUAUGGAAACCAGACAGAUGUCUUGGUGGAUCUUCCCUCAUCCUUGGGAUCCUGGCUACCUUCCUCAGACCGCUUGUCUUGCCAGACCCUGCUCCCCAAAUCCCUGCCUGGCUUCACCCACAUGGCCCCUCUCCCCAAGUUCCUGAUAAGCCUGCCACUGAUGAUCGCCCUGGAGAAAGCUGGCUGUCAAACUGAUGUAUGGGUCCUGCAGCUUCAGCUCUAUCGUCAGGGGGGUGUAAAUGCUACACAGAUGCUCAUCAGACAUCUUCAAGAGCUUGAGAAAAGCAGAAGCACAGGGCUGGGAGUGUCAGUGGAUGCCCUGGUCUCUGCUCUGCAGCUGCUGGCCAGGGAGCACCCAGGCCCAGAGAGGGCCCGACGAUCCCUCUCCACCAAGGACUGCGAGCAGGAGCGGGAGCAGCGUGUGCACAGUAUAGUCCAGCUGCUUCCAGUAGUGGGAACCUUCUACAACCUGGGCACAGCAUUGUAUUACACUGUUCAGAACUGCUCGGAGAAGGCUAAGGAACGAGGCCGAGAUGGGGUCAUAGAUCUGGGGUUUGACCUUCUGACAGCCAUGGCUGGAUCCUCAGGCGGGCCCACGGGGAUAAUGAUCAGUACUGCACUUAAACCUGUACUGAAGGCUGGGGUUCAGCGGGUGAUCCAGUAUUACAAUGAGAGACACGUGAACACCCCUCCACCAGAGACCAGCAAGCAGGUCUUGGGGGGCACCUCAGAUUUGAGUCAUCUAGAAGAAACAACUACCAUGGCCCCUUUGGUGUCAGAAGUAGUAAGUUCAUUUCCUUAUGGGGGUAAACCUUACUCUGUGACUACGGCUUAGAUCCUAGGGAUGGGAAUAGUACUGAGAUGUGAAAGAAGGUGGUAGAGAAUUCUCUAGCGGUCCAGUGGUUAGGACUCCACGCUUUUGCUACCAAAGGACCCCGGUUCAAUCCCUGGCGGGGGAACUAAGAUCCCCGCAAGCCGCACAGCCAUAAAUAAAUAAAUAGAGAUAGAUAGAUAGAUAGAUAGAUAGAUAGAUAGAUAGAUAGAUAGAUAGGUAGAAGGUGGUGUGACGGUCCGGUGGUUAAGAAUCCACGCUUCCACUGCAGGGGGCGCCAGUUUGAUCCCUAGUGGUGGAACUAAGAUCCUACAGCAGGUUUGGCCAAAACAAAAACAAAAACAAAAACAGAAGAAGGUGGUAAACACAAUGACUAGAUCAAAUAUUCUGACAAGUUGUAUGUGUGUGUUCAAAAUCCAACUCUUUAAUUUUGUACCAAGGAGGAAGGCAGUACUAAAAUGUAGGAAUUUUAAAAUUUGUGGUUUGGAAUCAGAGAAUUUGGCUUUGAACACAGGCUCCACUUGUUAGAGCUUCAGUGAUCACUGACUAGUAACUUCUUUCUCCAAAUUCUGUUUUUUAAAUUUCUAAAGUGAGAAUAAUGAUUUUAAUUUCAAUGGGCUGGAAAUUAAAAACGAUACCUGUCCUCAUGCUUAGCACGGCACCAAUAAUAAAUAAAUAGGCUUU